CGGGCAUGCGCAGCCGGGCAGUCCCGCAAGUACGCGCGCCCAUGGCUGCCUUCCCCACGGCGUUGCUCCCCGGGCUGUUCCGCGCGGGGCCGCCCGGGCGCGACGGUCCCGGGGCCGGGCUGCGGGUGGGCGGCUGGGGCCAGUGUGGGCAGGUGGGCGUGGCGGCGGAAGGCCCGGGAGCGACGCCGCUCUUCUUGCCCCGCCGGCGGCGGAAGGCGCGGGAGAGCUGGCUGCCCGCCGAGGCAGCCCCGCUGCCGCUGAAGCCCCCGGAGGCGGCGCCCCCGAUCGACGGCGCGUCCGCCGGCCCGGCCCUGAACGCGCUGGGCCCGCAGCUGGGGCGGCUCUUCCUGGACCAGCCGGAGGCGGCCUUCGGGGCCACGGCGCGGCUGCUGCACGAGCACGUCUACCUGGGGGACUCGACGGACUGGAGGAGAGCCGGAGGCGUCUGCGGGAUGACCCGCCUCCUUCGCGCCCUAGAAGGCCGGACGCCAGGCGGCAGCGUCGGGCGGCCUCUGUCCGGCGUGGCCUCGCUGUGCCGCGACUGGCUGUCGGAGCUGCCCCUGAAGCUGGUGGCCGAGUGGCUCCAUGAGGACUUGGCCGAGCGGCGGAGGCGCCUAUCCUUCGACGAGACCCCCACCGGCGGGGCCUUGGCCUGGCUGCCUGACGAUGCCCGCAGCAAACCCCCACGCCGGGGCUGCCUGGUGUUCCCGGCUGGGGAAGCUGCAGACCGGCUCUGCUUCCAGGAGGUGGCCUUGAGACCAGCGGCCAGCGGAGCCCUAGGACCCAAACUCCGGGGCUGUCCCGUCCAGUUUGAGCUCAACGGGGCAGUCCGACAAGUGGCAGCGGCACACCUGGAGGGCAGCGAUUUCCUGGGGGUCCGCUCAGGCCAUUUCUGUGGGGCCUGGAGGCGGAAGCGUGGAAAGCCCCCCACCCCUCUGCAGGUGGUUUGCACAGAAGCCCCCUGCUCUUCCAUUGCAGUCAGCCCCCACCUACCCGGUGAGCUGUCCUUGUGCACCCUGGAAGGGGAGCUGUACCUCUGGAAUGUAGAGACUGGGCUCCGACGGCUGCACCAGGACCGCGACAGCCUCUUCUUCCGGGACCCUUCCCCUUGGCGCUGGAGUGAGUUUUCUGCCCACCCACGAGUGCUGACUUUUGCCGACCGCACUGGCCUGAAGGGUCUCGACCAGAGGGUGUCCUCCGGGGGCCACUUUGAGCUCUUCAAGGUGGGGGCUGAAGCAGAUUGCCAGCGUGGGGAACGCCUGGUCCUCUCCAAAUACCUGGGCCAUUCAGAACCCUUCCACCACUUAGUGGCCACACAGUUUUCAGUCUUUGUGCUGGACGAACGCUUCCCCCUGGUGCCUGUCCUGUGCUGGGAGCACAUGAUGCAGUGGCCACCCAUCUAUGCCCACCUCACACCCGCUGGGCCUCCGCAGCACAGCCACAAGGUGCUCUUGGGCACCUACCACUCCCAAGAGAUGCUCCUGCUGCAGUACUCAGGUGGCCACAGCCUCCCUUGCCAGCUCCAAGGUGCGCCCCAGAAGCUGCCGUCCAUCAAGGAAUGCCUGCCCCACUUUCCUGUGCAGGUGCCUGUGAGGCAGAGUGCCCUCAGCCAGCGUCUCUCUGUCCCCACAACAGGCAUUGCAGCAGCCCUGGGCCAACAGGAUGGCAUCCGGACACUGCUGGUCUUCCAGCUUUCCCAGGCCGGGGACCUCUUCUACCAGCCGCUGCUCCCACAGGCCAGUGGAGAGGAGGCCGAGGGGCAAGCUCACACAGACCCAGAGGCCAACUCCACAGAUGCUCUGGUGGGCAGACCGUGCCAGGACCCCAUAUUUCCAGACAGAGCAAAGACAGCUUGUACUCCGGCAGCUGCAGCCCUCUACCGGCGAUGGCUGAGGGCCUGGAAGCGGGCUGCUCCACCCACUCAGGACUGGCAGUGCCCUCCGGCCACGCUCAAUCAGGGCUGCCUCUUCGGCCACCGAGAGAGGAGGGAAAGCGAGGAGAGCGCCCCGUCCUCUCUGGCGGCUUCCCGCUGCUUGCGCAAGGCCAUGCAGGAAGAGUGGCUCUUCUGCUCGUGGGGAGAUGAGAGCGGGGUCCCUGUGCCCCCUGCCCCCCAGGGGCCCCCAGGGGAGCUAGGCCAGCGACUGGCGGCUUCCUGGACGGGCGACUGGGUGGCAUGGUGGCUGGAGCGGCUGGGCGGCACCAAGGCCCAGCGACAGCAGGCGCUGAGGGAGCAGCGGAGGCGGGCCAAGCGAUACAGAGGGACGCAGAGCCUCUCGGGCAGCUUCACCUCCUCCACCAGCUACCAGUCAGAGCUCAGUGAACGCUUGGGGGAUGGCAGGGCCCCCAGGCCCCCUCCGGCCUUGCCUGCAGAGCCCCCCAUCCAGGCUCCCCCCACUCUGCCACCCAGUUUCCAGGGGGACUCCCAGGAGCUGCUGUCCUCGCAGAGCCUGAGUGCCCGGGGCAUCCCCCGCGAGCGCCGCCAAACCCUGCGCAGAUACCUGGCUGUGCUGGACCAGCCCCAAGAGCCCCCUGAGGACCACCUGCCCACCAGCCAGGCUUCAGGCCUGGGCAGCAGCCAGCGGGCCCCCUCCUCUUCCCAGGGCCCCCAGCUGAAACGUGGCCGCAUGGGCUUCUGAGGUGGGGGCGGGGGGGGGGGAGC